UUUUAUUUUUCAAGUCUGAUACUGUUUUUGCAACCAACCUGCAAAAAGUAUGGCUUUCUCAGGUCAUAAUGUAUACCAAAUGUUUUGUCUGAUGAGACACUACAUUAAGAUUUUUUUUUUAAAAACACCUGUAUCAGUGCCAAUGUCAAGCAGAGGCAAGGGUCCAACUGCACAUGCAAGACUGCUGAAGUGCGCUAUGUUUGUAUCUACAGCACCAAAGAUGUAACUACCUCUUUAAACAAAUGCUAAUAGGAAUUUGAGACUUCAGCUACAGAAAUAUUGCAGGUUUUGGUGCAGUUUUAGGAGCUAACAUGAAUUGCAUUGGUACAUGUCAAGAAGAGAUUCCCGUGGCAGCUAUGCUUUCAUGCUUCUUCUGAACAAUAAAAGCUUAAUCAAUGAAUCUGUUGUCUAUGGCAGCAGAGAACACAGACCAGACAACACAACACUAACUUGCUGGAACUAUCGCUAUAAACCGUUUGACAAACUGCCAGUUUUUCUUUUGAAACAAGGUUAUCACAGAGGAUUGUUUGAAAAUGCAUUAGAAGACCACUCAGGAGAACAAGUCUCAGGUCUGCUACUUCUCUAUUCCAGCUAUAUUUGUCACGUAGUAGAGUCUUGCAGUAGCACAAUCCAUCUCAUCAUCCGAGAUUUAGCUUCUCUCCAAAAUCAAGGUCAUAGGAUGGAAUUCACUCUCUUUCCACUCAGUGCUUUACUCCAGGAAAUUAAAGUUUUAGUGGUGGCACAUAACAUCCCCACCAGACUGUUCCCAGACUGGUACGUGGCCAUAGCGAUGUCUCCCAUGACACAUCCACAAGGCUCGACACAAUCACAAUCUACGGCAGAGGUGGUCGCGGAGUGCCUUACCCUCCUACUCAAACUGGCAGCCUGGAUUCAAAGUUGUGAGGAGGACAGUGAGGACACCAAUGAGAGUGUACACACUCUUGCACCCGAGUUGCUAAUCCCAGCAGAGACAAUUAACUAUUUGUAUAAUGCUGAAGAAUGUGCAAGUCCAGAAGAUUUUCUGAGAAUUUAUUUAAGUCCUUCACAACCUGCCCUGGAUUCAGGUACACUGCACACAAAAUAUCAAAUUUAGUAGCCUAACUAGAAUUUUUGGCCC